AAUUAAGGGUAAGAGAUAAAAUGGGUCACCACUCUUGCUGCAACCAACAGAAGGUCAAGAGAGGCCUUUGGUCUCCUGAAGAAGAUGAGAAGCUCAUCAGAUACAUCACUACUCAUGGCUAUGGCUGCUGGAGUGAAGUGCCUGAGAAAGCUGGUCUUCAAAGAUGUGGCAAGAGUUGCCGCUUAAGAUGGAUAAAUUAUUUGAGGCCCGAUAUCAGAAGAGGGAGGUUUACUCCCGAGGAAGAGAAGUUGAUUAUUAGCCUUCAUAGUGUUGUAGGGAACAGAUGGGCUCAUAUAGCAAGUCAUUUGCCUGGAAGAACAGACAAUGAGAUAAAGAACUACUGGAAUUCAUGGAUCAAAAAGAAGAUAAGAAAACCCUCGGCCACUCAGACUGCCAUGUCGACACCCAGCACUGCUACUGCUACUGAGCAUUCCCAAAUAACUUAUGCCUCAAAUCAACUAGAAAUAGUGAAUCAAGAAGUAACAACAAGACCUCCAGUUCAUGAAACCCUAUUUUCUUCUUCAUGCCCUUUUUUUAUGUUUGACCCAGCUCCACUAGAUGGGGUUACUGAUAAUGUACGAGGGGAGCUAUAUCAUGAACCAGCAAGCUUGAAUAGGGAAGCAUGGAAUUUAAACCAGCAUCAAGUUCAAUCACUUCCACCUUCGACUUCUUUUCCAACUGGCAUAGAUGCUCAUUAUUUGCCGCCAUUAAUAGAGAACAUAGAAAGCAUGGUGCCCAUUGAUCAUCAUCAGCAUCAUCAAGUACAAUCUUGUAGCAUGGAUGAUGAAGGAGAGAUAGCACUUGAUUGCUUACAGAGGCAAGAUUUGAAUGAAUGGGUUGAAUCUCACCACUCGAACUUUCUAUUCUGGGAUAAUGUUGAAGGACCACUUGGUGGGGAAGACAUUGCACCAGCUUCAUCAAAUACGGGAACUACAUUGUCUUCUAUUAAGAAAACGAACUUGGGAAUUAGGGUUUAUACUGUCUGGGAGCAUUAUUGCCUCUACUCUCACAGCAAUUUCCUCCUCUUCGCAAUCAUGAUCAUUCCAGAGAAGAACCGUCGUGAGAUCUCAAAGUACCUCUUCCAAGAGGGUGUAUGCUAUGCAAAGAAGGACUACAAUUUGGCAAAGCACCCGGAAAUCGAUGUCCCGAAUCUGCAGGUGAUUAAGUUGAUGCAGAGCUUUAAGUCAAAGGAGUAUGUUCGUGAGACUUUUGCUUGGAUGCAUUACUACUGGUUCCUUACUAAUGAAGGCAUAGAGUUCCUCAGAGGUUACCUCAAUCUUCCUUCUGAAAUUGUCCCUGCCACAUUGAAGAAGCAGGCCAAGCCUGCUGGUGGUAGGCCCUUUGGCGGUCCUGGUGAUCGUCCACGUGGUCCACCUCGCUUUGAGGGAGGAGAGCGGAGGUUUGGUGAUAGAGAUGGCUACCGUGGAGGUCCCCGUGGACCAGGUGGUGAUUUUGGUGACAAGGGUGGAGCCCCUGCUGACUACCAGCCAUCUUUCAGGGGUCCUGGUGGUAGACCUGGCUUUGGUCGUGGCAGUGGUGGAUUUGGUGCAGGGCCAACAAGCUCAAAUCUGCCUUGAGAGAUGAUUUCUGCCUCACGAGAGUUUUAGCAUUUUUUACUUCAACCUAAUUAAACGUGGGUUACUUUAUUUCAUUAAUAGCAAUUUUUAUUCCAUUGCGCUAGUUUGAGACUGUUGCUAUGGGAAUUUUGUUGGUUCAGAUCAAUCAGUUUUUGAACUAUCUCUCCUCUAUCCAAAAUCUACAUGAAAUUUGUUGUAA